GUGUGGCGGGGAAACUUGACUCUUGUUUAGUUUGGUUGAGGUUAAUCCAUGAGCAAGUUCAAAGGCUCGCUGGUGUUAGAAAUGUACCGGAUCUUACGGCCGGUGAGGCAACUGCGGGGCGAGAAGCAACAGUACGCCCAGUGAUGUACUAAGCAAGAUUUGGCAGUCUUGCAGCAUUGUGCAGAGAGAGAGAGACGGAAAGAGAGACGGAGAGAGACAGAAGAAGAGACGGGGAGAGAAAGAGAGAGGUCGCGCCCUGGGAAUCAAGUAACAGCAAGUCUUCGAGUUCCCUAUGAAACCAAACUCCAUUUGCAAAAAACCCGAUGGUAACCACUCGGAUUCUCUCUCCUGGUCAUUUGUUUGAUGAGCUGCCGAAUACACCGAGGUGUUGUUAUUGCUGGAUGGAGGUGUGAGGUCCCAUGAAGGAGAGGUAUGGGAUGUGAAACAAUGGUGUCCUGUGCCGUCAACAAGGAUUUUGAGACCUUCUAUCUGCCCAUCAUGUACAUUAUCGUCUUUGUCACCGGAUUCAUCGGCAACAGUGUUGCCCUCUGGAUGUUCAUCUUUCACAUGAGACCUUGGAGCAGCAUCACCAUCUACAUGUUCAACCUCGCCCUGGCUGACAUCUUCUACAUCUUCUCCUUGCCACUUUUGAUAUUUUACUACCUCCAGGGAAGCGACUGGAUCUUCGGCGAGCUCCUGUGCAAGCUUCAGCGAUUCAUCUUCCACGUGAACCUGUACGGCAGCAUCCUGUUCCUGACCUGCAUCAGCGUCCACAGGUACACGGGAGUUGUCCACCCCAUGAAGUCGCUGGGCAGGCUGAAGAAGAAGUCAGCCACCAUUAUCUGCGUGUGCGUGUGGAUUAUCGUCAUGGCCGGCAUCUCCCCCAUACUUUACUUCUCCAGAACACAGGAGAAAGCUCAUGGUACACAUCCGGACACCAAUAAGACAACCUGUUACGACACCACGUCUAAGAAGCUCCUGCAAACCUACUUCAUCUACAGCAUGAGCACCACCUUCUUUGGAUUCUGCAUCCCCUUUGCCACCAUCUUGGUCUGCUACGGUUUCAUAGUGAAGGCACUGAUAUCCAACGAUAUGAAUACUCCACUCCGGAGCAAGUCCGUGCGCCUGGUCAUCAUUGUGUUGGCCGUCUUCGCCAUCUCCUACCUGCCCUUCCACGUCAUGAAGAACCUCAACCUUCAGUCCAGACUCUAUUACCAAGGGCUAGACAAUUGCGAGUGGAACAGAAGGGUCUACGCCACGUAUCAAGUGACCAGAGGUCUGGCCAGCCUCAACAGUUGCGUGGACCCUAUCCUGUACUUCCUGGCAGGAGAUACGUUCAGGAGGAAACUUACUACCAGAGCCUUGAGAGCGGUCAGUCGGAAAGUUACCAUGGUGUAGAAACUUCACAAGGGUUCAGUCGCAAGAUGUUGGUGGUUCCCCAUCAAUCUACAACUUGUAACAAGUAUCGAGUAGAGAAGAUAGACACAAAGUGCUGGAGUAACUCAGUGGGUCUGGCAGAAUCUCUGGAGUAAAAGGAUGGGUGACGUUUCGGGUCGGAACACUUCUUCAGACUUAUUGAGUACAGAG